CACAACUUCCGCUUUUCCCCUUUAACUGAGAGGUCCAGAAACGUUGACAGAAGGUUUAGAAAGGAUUUCCAGAACGUUUUUGUCGGUUCACAGUUCUAGAGAAAAGUUAAAUGGAGAACGAUAACGGGGAGAAUGUCGACUGGUCGAUGCAACGACGAGUGGAUGGUUUGGUGAACAAACAUAUGGCAGAUAUUGCUCUGGAAACACUCCAGAGCAGACUGUGUGCUGUGUCCGAUGAGAUGCACAGUCUGGCUGAACAUGUCUGCAGACGCUCAGGGGAGGAGCUCAAAGACGAGCCUCGGAGGGGAGAGGUCACUUUCGGUGUGGAGCCGCUCUCCUCCGACUGUAGCACCGAAGCCACUGACAAGUUUAUCUCCACUUCAUCCACAGAGUCUGCUGCACAGCGCAGGAUCAUCACCCUCCUGGUGGAGAUCAAAGAGGAGCAGCAGAGGCAGUGGGCGGUACUGAGGGAUCUUCAGGCCCGACUGCAGGGUCAGACCUGGUGCCAUGAGGAGGAUGUGGAGGCUCUGGACGUGGAUCUCCCUCUGAAUACUCUCGAACAGCUGGAUGAGAUGGAGAGACAGCUGGAGGAGCCAGGAAUACAAAAGAGAAUGGUGUCAUACCUUUCACGGAUGGGUGGGGCUACAGUUGACGAUGCAGUGAGACGGCUUAUGCAAGCUGUACUUUCAUUCGCUGUUGGUUCUGAGCUAAACUGGGUGGGCCGUGGACAGAAGAGGAGCUUCAGGAACACCCGCCUACAAGGCGUCCUCUUCCGUGCUCUGAAACGAACACCGGUGGGUAAAGAGGCCACACAUCAUCAGUACGCUGACAUAGUGAAGAAAUGGCUGCGGUUUGCCCCGUUCAGACAAGGAGGGACCGGCCGUCGCUGCUGCAAACCUUCCACAGAGUUUCCAGAUUCUCAGGAAACUGACCAAAGUUUUAACCAGAGCUGCACAGACUGAUAUUUAUCUCACUUAUUAGUUAUCCCAAGAUAAAUAAGGCUUUCCGUUCCAUUGUUCAUGAAAAAACGUAAUUCUUAAAUAUACCUGCAUAUUGCACAUCUGUUAUUUUUCUUCCUCUGAAGUGCUAAUGGUGCAAAUGUGUCC